AUGGAAAACCCUUCGCUCCGCCGCGCUCCGGCCGACGAUCCUCGAUCCGCGAUCGCCAUGAAGCGAGAGGGCAAAGCCACCGGUGGUGACGCCAAGAGGAAAGCCAUCGACGCCUGCCACGCCAUCAUGCGAGAGAGCCAUUUCUCUCUCCAGCCCCUGCCCAGCCCCUGCCCCGCCCCUGCCCCGGCCGGCCCCGCGCCGCCGGCCCACGGCCGCCCGCCGCUCCGCCUCUGCACCGCGAGCCACGGCCAGCCGCCACCCGCCACGGCCGGCCGCGCCCCGCUCCGGCUGCGCCCUCUCCCGCUCCGGCCGCCGCCGGACUCAGCCGCGCUCGCUCCGGCCGCCCCCACGCCGGCCGCGCCCGCUCCCGCUCCGAACGCCCGCCAUGGCCACACCUGGUCACCCGCUCCAGCCCACGCGCUUCCCUGCCGCGCUGCCGCCGCCCCAGUCUCGGGCGCCGCCGUUCCUAGCCCCCGUGCCGCCACCCUCGACCGCAGCUCGCUGGAAUUUGGCCGGAUUCCGGCGAGGUCAUGCGCAGGAGCAGUUGCUAUCUGCUGA